CCAAUCACAGCCGCUCUCACUGUGACGUCCCCCAACCCGCAGCUCACAUCCGGUCAUAUAUAUGUUGCCACGCGUUAGCGGCGAAUUUGGAGAGAGUCCAUUUUGAGCAGUGAGAGUCGAGUCGGCGUCUCCGGUAAAUCUUCCCUCUAAAACAAUCUUUUUCGAAGAGCCCACCGUCAGAAUGGCAGACGCUGAUAAUCUCCUCAUGGAGACUUCGGACCAGAACGGCAAUGAGGGAGAGGACGACCAGAACGGAGCUGAGCAGGAGCAGGAGCUGAUGGCCGGAGAGGACGACUGCCUGGACAACCAGGACCAGGACGGCCUGGAAAUCCAGGACAUCCAAGAUAUCGCGGAGGGCCAGGACAACGGCGCAGAUGGAGGCAAGAUUGACGCCAGCAAAGGAGAGGAGGAUGCUGGUAAAAUGUUCGUGGGCGGCCUCAGUUGGGACACGAGUAAAAAGGACCUGAAGGAUUACUUCAGUAAGUUCGGCGAGGUGUCAGACUGCACCAUCAAGAUGGACUCCAACACUGGCCGGUCCCGAGGCUUUGGCUUCGUUCUCUUCAAAGAGGCCGCCAGCGUGGAAAAGGUGCUGGAGCAGAAGGAACACAGACUGGACGGACGUCCAAUCGACCCCAAGAAGGCGAUGGCCAUGAAGAAGGAGCCCGUCAAGAAGAUCUUUGUCGGGGGUUUGAACCCUGAGGCCACCGAGGACGCUAUCAGGGAAUACUUCGGGGCCUUCGGAGAGAUCGAAACCAUUGAGCUUCCCAUCGAUCCCAAAUCGAAGAAAAGGAGGGGUUUCAUCUUCAUCACGUACAAAGAUGAAGCCAGCGUCAAGAAGUGUCUGGAGAAGAAAUACCACACCAUCCAGGGCGGCAGAUGUGAGCUGAAGAUCGCCCAGCCGAAGGAGGUGUACCAGCAGCAGCAGUAUGGAUCAGGACGUGGUGGCGGCGGCGGAGGUGGUUAUAGUGGCCGGGGAGGCAGGGGCCGUGGGGGUCAGGGCCAGGGCUGGAACCAGGGCUAUGCAAACUACUGGAACCAGGGAUAUGGUAACCAAGGCUAUGGCUACGGCGGAUACAGCGGCUAUGGCAACUAUGACUACUCUUCUGGUUACUACGGAUAUGGUCCCGGAUAUGAUUACAACCAGGGCAACGGCAGCUACGGGAAAACUCCAAGACGGGGGACACACCAGACCGGCUACAAGCCAUACUGAUGAUCACAUGGUAGCGCAAGGACUCCAGUGAUCCAGUGAGACCGACGGCUGGAUGGACGCACUGGGCAUGACUCAACCUCUUUUAUGACAGAAGACCAUUUGUACAGAAAACAUCCGAAAUGUAACUUUUCCUUUUUUUUUUUCUUUUUUUUUUUUUUAAUCCUAUCAUUUUUAGGUUUUACUUUUCCCUUUGGUGUUCUUUUUUUUUUCUUCCCCCUUCCACAUUUCCAUCAAUGGAAGUGUAAUUUUUACUGUACUUUUUGGUACCCGUUUUGAUUCUAAUGUAUUGUAAGGCUUGUAUUUUACAUGUUUGCUGGCUUUACAGCUUGAAAAUCUUGGCGCUGUAAAGGAGCUUUUUUGACAAAAUAAACAGUUUUCAGUAAUUUUUUUUGGUUCUGAUGCUUCCAGGUUUUCGGGGUGGAAGAUUAAGAAGUUGUUGAAUGGGUUUAGGAUUCAAAUUCAGUUGUCAACAUAGAUAUCUUGGUCUUUUGAUCUGUAAUGAAGGAAUUGUGUUUCACAAUCCUUCAUAUGACACCUCUGGUAUUUUUCCCCCCUUUACAUGGAAUCAAGUGUAUCAAGAUGAUUUUUAGUUAUAAUUCCUUAGAUCUGAAACGACUGCCUGCACGCUUCUUUCUUCCAGGAAUUUCACCAGACAUCUGAAAGCAUACAGAUGUGUGGGAUGUAAUGGAGGGAAAAUUAUUUGGCCACAUGCAACUGUGGCAUGACUUCCUGUUAAAUCGACAUACCUUUUACAUAACAAGCAAACUGUUUAAGUUUCUAUGCUGGUUUAGUUUGUGUUUGUCAAGUGUCACUGGUUUUUAGAAGUAACCGCUUUGAAGUUAAAUGUCUGCAUAGUUUUUUAUUUUUGUUUUUCUGGACAGACUUCAGGCCACUGGAGUCUCCUCAGCUAGUGUCUCUGGCAAUUUAUUAGUAAUAAACAUUCUCGUUUGUAA